GCUUCUUCCUGCGCACAAAGAGAGCAGAGCCGGGGAUGCGCACAAUGUGAGUCUCCGCUCAGAGGCACCGCUGUCCUCUCCUGCUUCUUGGCAGCAUCUUGUGGAGUGUAACACGAGGAGGUCGAGGAACAAGAGCGCGUCGUCUCCUCAUCCCAGCACCCCCAAAAAAGAGAGAGAGAGAGAGAGAAAGGGAGAGAGAGAGUGAAAGAGGGAGAGGAAAAAUCACUUGAGAUUUGUGGAAUUUACCGAAGACAGAGGUUACUAUUAAGUCCCAUCCUCAAACACCGAGCGGAGCAGAAUUAAGUGCAGAGCGCAAACACGGCGGGGAGCGCAGAGCAGAGCAGAGCAGCCUCCUCUCUGGCUUCUGAGAGAGUUGCUGUGAAAAAUGCACAUCUGACGGAUAGUGGAAUUACAAUCAAAGCAGUUUAAUGAAGAGGAAAAAAUCUGCAUCCUAGGACAAAUUAAAAUUCCUGUAUUCAAGGGAGAGCAUUCCAUUCACAAGCAAUUGGAUGAGAGUCUUAUUAGCCCUCGGCAACUAAAGAUGAUGUUACCAUGGAAACAAAUUGUUCUGCUAUCAAUCACUGGAUGCCUUGCAGCCUGUACAGAGGAUGUCAUAUUUCAAGGGCCAAGAUGGAGGACGGAGCCAAGUGACCUCAUUUUACCAAUCAACUCCCCAGACCACCAGGCUACCAUCACGUGCGAGGCAGAGGGGAGCCCUCCUCCGCAGUACAGAUGGUCACUAAAUGGAACACUCAUUGAUCUGGGGAAUGACUACCGGCGUCACAUGUCUGGGGGCAGCCUGAUCAUUAGCAACCUGGACAAGGACCAAGACACUGGGGCGUACCAGUGCACGGCUUUCAACACGUGGGGGUCCAUCCUCAGCCGCAGAGCCAGCCUCCAAUUUGCAUAUCUCGAAAACUUCAAAACUCAAACAGUGAGGAGCGCCGUUAACGUCCGCGAGGGCCAAGGAGUGGUUCUGCUCUGCGGACCACCUCCACACUCCGGAGAGCUGACAUUUGCGUGGAUCUUCAAUGAAUACCCGUACUUUGUUCAACAAGACAGUCGUAGGUUCAUCUCUCAGGAGACCGGGAGUCUGUACUUUGCCAAAGUGGAGCCCACAGAUGUGGGCAACUACACCUGUGUGGUUAACAACACCAUCACAAAGGAGAAGAUCCUCAGUUCUCCAACACCUCUGGUCCUCAGAAGUGAUGGAGUAAUGGGCGAAUAUGAACCCAAAAUAGAAGUUCAUUUUCCUGAUUCGGUUCCAGCUGCGAAAGAAUCAGUAGUGAAACUAGAAUGCUUCGCUCUGGGAAACCCUGUCCCAGAAAUAAGCUGGAGGAGAACCAGCGGCGUCCCUUUCCCCAGCAAAGUCAAAACGAAGAAUUCAAACGCUGUCCUUGAAAUCCCUAAUUUCCAGCAGGAAGACGCGGGAACGUACGAAUGCAUGGCGGAGAAUCGGCGAGGCAAAAACGCAGCACGGGGUCGUAUUUCAUUCCAUGCUAAACCUCACUGGCUCCAGACAAUAACGGACACAGCUCUGUCCAUAGAGGAAAGCCUCUUCUGGGAGUGUAAGGCCAACGGAAAGCCGAAACCUUCUUAUAGCUGGCUGAAGAAUGGCGAACAAGUGAUGGCUGAGGGCCGGGUACAAAUCGAAAACGGGGCCCUCUCUAUAGCUGCGUUAAAUCUGUCAGAUUCCGGGAUGUAUCAGUGUGUGGCUGAAAACAAACAUGGCAUUAUUUAUUCCAGUGCCCAACUAAUGGUGUUAGCUUCACCUCCUAGUUUCUCCAAAAGUCCGUUAAGGGCCUUGCUAAAAGCUCGCUCAGGCAGCGAAGUCACUCUCGAAUGCAAGCCUCAGGCUUCACCCCCAGCAAUUAGCCUGUGGAAGAAAGGGAAUGAGAUCCUGCAGAGAACUGAAAGGAUUACUUUGUUUCCGAAUGGAACAUUAAAGAUCGCCAACGUAACCAAGCGGGAUGCGGCUAGCUACACGUGCAUCGCUAAGAAUCAGUUUGGGACUGCAAGCACAACUGGGAAGCUGCUUAUCACUGAUCCCACCAGAAUCACCAUGAGGCCCACUAACAUGGAGAUUAUUGUUGGCGAGAGCAUCGUGCUACCCUGCCAGAUUGCCUGCGAUCCAGCUCUGGAUGUCUCUUUCUCGUGGGCAUUCAACGGCCAGCUCAUCGACUUCCAGCGAGACAGCGAUCAUUUUGAAAGAGUGGGCGGGAGCAUAUCAGGGGAUCUGAUGAUUCGUAACAUUCAACUGAACCAUGGUGGGAAGUAUGUCUGUGUUAUUGACACUGAUGUGGAGAGCCUGUCCACCUCUGCCAUAUUGGUUGUCAAAGGUCCCCCUGGUCCUCCGGACAAAGUAUCAGUUGAGGAAAUCACAGACAGCACGGCCCAGCUAUCGUGGACUCCCGGAAGGGACAACGGAAGCCCCAUCACCGGCUACAUCAUCCAGGCUCGAACACCUUUCACUGUUGGCUGGCAGGCUGUAGACACAGUGCCCGAGGUGGUGAACGGUAACAUGCUGACUGCCACGGUGGUGGGUUUGAACGCCUGGGUGGAGUACGAGUUCAGGGUAGUGGCUCGAAACACCGUCGGCCUCGGAGAGCCGAGCCCCUCCUCAGCCAAGACCAGGACGGAGGAUGCCAUUCCUGAUACAGCUCCCACUGAUGUUGGAGGUGGAGGCGGCACAAAGUCUGAAUUAGUGAUAACAUGGGAGCCUGUGUCCGAGGAACUGCAGAACGGUGAAGGCUUCGGCUACAUCAUCGCCUUCAGGCCUGUUGGCACGGUUACGUGGACGAGGGCGGUUAUCUCCACACCUGGCGUGGCGCGUUACGUCUUUCGCAACGACACCAUCCCACCGUUCUCGCCUUUUGAUGUCAAAGUGGGAGCCUACAACAACCGGGGGGAGGGUCCCUUCAGCUCCAUAGCCACCGUGUACUCAGCUGAGGAAGUCCCCAGUGUGGCUCCUAAGAGGGUUAGAGCUAGAAGUGUGUCUGCAGCAAAAAUUGAAGUGAUCUGGGAAGCUCUCCCUGCCAUUCCCGAAAGAGUGCUUGGAUAUGAGGUCGUGUACUGGGAAGACGACACUAAGCCCGACACCAUUGGCAAAGUGCGCAUAUCUGGAAACUCCACGCAGGUUAACAUCACAGGGCUAAAAGCGAACACAGUUUACUACCUGUCUGUGGCUGCUUUCAAUACAGCUGGCCCCGGGCCGCAGUCAGCGCCCAUCAACAACACCACAAAGAAACCACCUCCAGAUCGGGCUCCGCUCAACAUACAAUGGACCAUGAUUGGCUCCACACUCACGCUGCACUGGGACCCUGUUGUAGCCAUGGAGACAGAGUCAAAGGUCACUGGGUAUUUGGUCCUGCUGAAGAGACAUCACUACAAUGACAUCAACACUAUCUUGACCAACAAAACCACAGCUGAGCUCACCUUGUCAGCCAACGACAACUAUCUAAUUCAGAUCAAGGCCAUGAGUGAGGGCGGCGAAGGUGUGGGCAGUGAACCCAUCCACAUUCAUAAAUUAAGUAUGGGAGCGCGGGGCUCCGGAUCGAGCCGCCUCAGCCCGUUGUGUCGCUCGGCGGUCCUCAUCAGUGCACUGCUCUCUUCCGUCUGGUGAUGUCUAAUCACAGCCUAUGGAGUGCCCUCCCUCCCCUCCCCUCCGUCCCUUCAGUCAGCCUGUCCUAUGUUAACCCUCCACUGGAUUUGGCACCAAGCCCGGGCUUCAGUGGCAGGACUGGGAAAGACUGGAAAGGACUGGACUGCGCCAAACUCUUAAAGGGACCAUGCCACUUCCUUUAAAGGACCAUCAGAUAGAGACGUGAUGAUUUGCGUGCAUGAUAUUCUUUUGUUAUUUCCUCCAGCGUCAUAAGUGCCACCUGUGCUCUAGGUUUUCAUUUUAAGAGUUCUGAUGUCCACAUGACUUAUCUUCUCAGUAUCUUUGGAGAUACUAAUGCCUUAAAAACCCACUUUACAUAUACAGUCCAUACCAAAGUAGGUGAAAGAGGCUGCUUGCUUUAUGGUUUCUUAACUCUAUAGAAAAAAACUGUUCAGCAAAAAAAGAAUUUAUCUCCUCAUGGUCUCAGCAGAACAGCUAGAUUAUAUGUCAGAAAUUAUUCAAUCGCCAUUAACCAGUAGCCACACUUAUCCCGUUGUUGUGCAGCUUCUGCCAAAAGAAACAUCAGACAUCCAUUGCAGGCUUCAAAGUUGUACCUGGCUUUGUCACAGAUAUGAAAGACGCACAGCAAAUUGAUCAAUUGUGCCUGAAACCCACUUACUUCUGCGUACUAAAAUAAUAUAAAAUCUGCUCAAGAGCUGUGGGUUCCCAAGCUGUAGGCCCCUAUCUACGCUACUCAGCUAGACCUUGGCAUUUUCCCCUAUCUCAUGCUCCUCUAAAUAAUAAAUGCCUAUCACACUCUGUAUUCUCAGUCUAGCGAGAAAGCCGGAGAUUGCGGAGAACAGAGACGUGUGGUGUUACUAUGUCAAGCAGGUCCCAUGUGUGCUGUUCUUCCUCUGCAUUUAGACGACCUGUGUUCUAGAUACGUUCAUCAUAUCAUGGAACACACACCAUCCACACCCCAGAUGACCAGCCGGCCCAGUGCACAAUGGACUACGGGAUAACAGUGCCUUCACUAGAGCUCACUCCAUUCAUUUUUUUUUUUGCUUCCUCUUCAGAUAGCUUAGGAGGUAGAUUCAUGUUGCAGCAGAGGCUUUGUUUGCUUUUCUUUUCGGAAGAAAUUAGUCACGAAAGACAGGAAGCUCAGAAUGUAGAGAGAACCCAUUAUUGGAAAUGGUGUGUUGAUUAAAUUUUCAUUGAGACACCGGAGCACCUAAGACAAAAAGGGGUUGGAAGCUUUAGGAAAGCCGCAAUGGAUUGAGAUAUAUGGCAGAAUUUUUUUGUCUCGGUAUUUAUGGUCUGUGGUAUAAUAAAUGUAUGACUCCACUCGUAGAAUAAUUUAUGGUCUAUUAAGGCAUAAGAAUAAUUGAUGCGAAUACCGUGGUGAAAGAGCCCUGACUGGAAAUGGAGCAAAAGGCAUGGCUGUCAUUUUACCCCAACCUCAUCACCAUCUGUUGGACACACACCAGACUGAACAGUAACAAAAGAACUUUUCUGCUCUGCUGAGGGAGCUACUUUUCACGCCCUUUUAUCAUGUGGAUGAGUCUGUCAAAAGCCACCCGAGUGAGAGCCGAGGUGUGAUUGCUGGGGUCCUGACGAUGUUCAAGUGGAAGGAUACAGUCAACUGAACUGCUACACAUUACUGUGCCUUUGCCGAACAUGGGGCUGCGUACGGUCAUUAGCUAGAGGCUGUUGUCGUCUGCAUUUUGCACUCUUUACCCCGCUCCUCAACCCGUCCCAAAGUCGAAUGAAAGCACAAGAAAUUGAUGCAAGGUGACUGGAUGUCCUCACUUACCCGUCUGAACAGGUGUGCAGACCCCAGAGGCCUCGUAAAAGUCCAAACGGCCGACAUAAUCAGGCUGUCCUAUCUGCUCCUUGACUGGUUUUAUAAAGCUCUGUGCUCGUUGAUUAGACUGCUGCAGACCAGUCAAUGGGAUAUUGAUUUUCCUGCCCCAUUAUUACAGCUGUCACAAUUCAGCUGCUUGAUUGACUGAUGGCCGCUUUCUUAUUGCACUUGAUCUGUUGUGCUACAGUCUGUGAUGUUUCAGAUGUCCUCCAUUACUCCCUAUCACACAAGUUCAAAGGCAUCCUUUCAGUUUUUGUCGUUGUGGUUUGGUUUGACCCGAGAUCUCACUGUAUUUGCUCAGUUUCUUGACAGAAUUUACUGUUCAGAUUUAAGUAUUUCUUGUAGUGUGGUGGUAGAUUGUGACUUUCAAUUGGAGCAGUGACCUGAAAUUGAUUAGUUGGUUAAUUCUUUCAAAGUACACAUCAAAACAAUCCCACUGUUGGGCUGUUGUGCUCCCACCAGUUGUAUUAGUGUAUUUUUUUUUUUCCAACAGCAUAAAAGCCAAGUCACACCAGCAUUUAAAAUGGUGAAAGUUUAUGUCAUAAAAAGCUCAGACGGCAGAAAUCCUUUUUUCACCUCAAGGUUAAAAUUUUCAUAUUCCUAACAUUGCUUAUCUUGAACAGACGGCCCAAGAAUCCAAAAUAAAGGGGCCCAACACUGUUUAUUUGCUGUGUUGUGGUAUCCAAUUUUAUGUUGGGUGUAUAAGCUGCUCUGCAAAUAUGGAAUGAAUUUUUAAACAGAUAUGAUAUUCAGUGGGGCAAAUUCAUUUCUUGAAAAAACUGUGUUGACUUACGGCCAAUUUAUGGCUUCCACACGUCCGACACAGACUUUCAAAACAGACAGUGGAUACAGAUACAGAUACAGGGCUGCCAUCGAUGCUCUUGAAAUUCUAGCAAUCUAAUCUAAGUAAUAGCAGUUAGUUUCAAACUGGGCUGGAGCACGACGUCAGUGAAUAUUCCUGAGGUGUGCAAUGCAAUGGGACGGACAUAGGACAGGAUAUCUGAAGAAUUUACAACUUCUUACUGUGCUUGGGCAUCGUUUAUGAAAAGCAUGUGCAAAAAAAAAAAAAAUCAUUAAAUGAGAAAUUAUAAAGCUGUGGAUGUUGGAGAAUUUUCUACUAGAGUGUUUUUGUUUUAAGCACCGUUUGAUACAUCUAUAGCCGGCACUCUUGCAGUCCACAUGGUCACAAAUUUUGGAUUGGAUUUGGAUUUUUGGACCUUUGCAGAUGGAUAAUGAAAUUUACGUUGCAUGUAGUCUUGCAGACCAAGCAUGAAUUGACCUUUAAAGUCACACCACUGACAGGCAGUUUGGCGCUAGCUAGCUAAAAUUGUCUCCCGCUGUUCAAGAACUCUUUGCUGAAUGAAUCCUGAGAACAAAAUAUCAUUGUGUGAAAAUAAGCCAACACAGAGAAAAACUCACAACUUUAGUAACUUACUAAUUACCCUCCGUUAACGUCUGUUUCACAAGCGUGCAGAUGAAUGCCACUGUGCUAUUUGCUGGUGUGACCGGGCCUUAAAGCAGCUUACGUGUUGAUCCACGUGGUGUUAGUAUUUCCGUUAAUGUCCAAAUAAGGUAACCGGAUCGCCAGAUUGCAGGCUAAUAGGUUAAUAAUUUACACUAUGUACUCGUGUGGCAGUUUUCUCAGAGCUUUCUUAUUAUUUAGUUGUAGUUGAGCCUAAUGUCUCUAACCUCUUCUAAUGCUCACAUAAGACAACAAAAGUAUUGUUUCUAGCUUUGUGCUUUAAUGCAUACAACAAAGUACAAUCUAAAGAAAGUAUUUGGAGCUGACUGGAGUGGUUGAAAUCUAUUGAUCACAGAACAACGACAUAUCUAUUUAUAUCCAUAAGGUCAGUUCAGUUAGAUGGGUUUUCAGUGGUUGUCGUUGGUAGGAAGGAGAGCACCCAGUACAGUGUAAAUAGCUUGCAUAUAUUUUUUAAACAUGGCCAUCGAAGACAACCUUACUGCUUUUAUAUAGUGUGUUCUCUGAGCUUAAUACUGGUGUAUUAAUCAAUGAUCUCUGUGAGAUACUGACAUGUAGAAUGGCAUUUUCAUAUUGAAAAGUAACUGUAUUGUCUUGUAUACUAAAACUGUGCAUGUUAAUCAUUGUUUGUGAAUUUGUGUUGGAUUUUUUUCUAAAACUAUAACUUAAUAAAAAUGUUUAUUCCAGUCA